AUGGCGGAGGUGGCGGAGGAUCCGCGCAGCGCAGCGGGAGGCGCGUCAUCGGCGGGGAUACUGCGGGAUGCGCGGACGCCGCCGAAGUCGUGGUCGGAUUUCGAGCCGCCUGCGGCGCGGUGGGCGAAUCCGUUCGUGCUGCGCGUGGGGCAGGUGUUCACGGGAUUCGGCGUGGGAUGCGGCGUGGGUAUCGGCGUUGGCCGGCCCGUGAACCUGGGCGCAUUGCCAGCAGCAGGGGCAGUGGCAUCAAUGGCGGGUGAUUUUAACCGACUCGCUGCAAGCGCCGCUGCUCCCCUUCGCCCUCUGCUGAGGCGUCUGGGAGUGCGUCACGUGGAUGUGGGCGUGGGAUGCGGAGUGGGUUUCGGCCAUGGCUUUGGUGCUGGUGUUGCCCUCAAGCCACAAGUUCUGGCUUCCCUGCUGCAGUCUGCACAGGCCGUGGCAUCUCGCCUCAUCUCACACAUCCCUCAAGAGCAUCGCUCUCAUGCCACCGUAGCACUUAGCAGCUCCAUGCCAGCACUUAACAGCAGCUCCAUACCAGCUCUUAGCAACUCUAUUCCAGCACUUACCGGCGCAGCAGAGAAGAUAAGGGAGGGGCACAAUGUAGCUGUCGAUGUGGUGGGGUCAGAACGAGUUGCAUCAGAAAGCUAUCCCGGUACCUUACGAACCGACUCCGGUGCUUCAGGGACUUACGUUGAUGUAGGAACCAGCUCUGAUUCUCCCUUUGCUGCUGCGAAUCGCGCUGGCGGCACCGGCAAUUCUGGUCCUGGUGGUGCCUACUUGGCUGAUGUGGAUCAAGCCAAAGCACAGAACCUCAUCAUGCUCUCUCUCCUGGAGCAGCAGGCUGACAUUCGUCGUCUCACCCAGCAGGUGCAAGCUCUGCAGGAGCAGCAACACCAAGAGCCAUCACCAACCGCCUUCCAUCUCUUCCAACCUCUCUCGCAAGCCCUCAUGGCGAGCGCAAUCCGCGUGCUGCUGCUGGCGGUGGGGCUGCUGGCGACGGCGGCGAGUGCAGCGAGGGACGUGAUGGGGGGAGUGAGGGGGAUGGUCCCUGGGGAAGCAAGCAGCAGUGAUGGUAGCAGCAGCGCCGGCGGAGGGGGCCAGCAGCGGAAGGGCGCGCUCAUUCUAGCAGCGGAGACCUUUGCUCACCACGCCCCUCUGCCCCUCUACCUCGACCACAUCCCCCGCCGCCAGGCCCUCGCCACCAGUACGCAACACUGCUCCCCUUCCCUCCUGCUCUACCCGCAUUGGUUCCUUUGUGCUGCUGCUCCCCUUCCUCCCACUGCUGUCAAUGCUUUGCCCUUGCCUCUCAUUUCCCCUCUCCCCGUUGCUCUCACUUCUUUAAUCCCCUUUCAUCCAUGUCUCUGCUCCCCGUGCCUCUCAUGUCUCUGCUUCCUUUUCCUCCCCCUGGAUGAUGUGAAUU